AUGCAAGAUAUUGAUAUUGGAACGGAUUUUAGUCCUUAUGAACCUUAUACUCACCGUUUACGUAAAAUUCUUGAGGAAGAAUAUCCUGAUGGUUCACAAGUUAUUCGUGAAAUUCUUCAGAAUUCUGAUGAUGCCGGGAGCACUGAGCAAACCUUCAUUUUGGAUCAUAAUACUUAUCCAUCGAACAGCUUGUUUAAAGCUACCUUUAAAAAUUAUCAACGACCAAAUUUGAAACUUGAUAGACAUCAAGGUCCAGCAUUGUUGGCAAAAAAUACCACUACCUUUGGAGAUAGGGAUUUUCAAUCUUUGUUGAAAUUGGCCGAUAGUGAAAAACGCGAUCAAUAUGAUAAAAUUGGAGUGAUGGGUGUCGGUUUCAAUUCAAUUUAUCAUAUUACUGAUUCCCCUUCUUUCAUCACUGGUGAUAAAUACAUUAUUCUUGAUCCACAUAAAUGGUGUUUUAAUGGUGGCAUCAAAUUCGAAUUUAUCGCAAAUAAAUUGUCAGACAAAUAUCCUGAUCAAUUUGCCCCUUUUAAUAUCCCAUGUGAUAAACCAUUUGACGGCACCAUAUUUCGUUAUCCUCUCCGUACUAAAGAGGAUUCUGCGGAUUCGGAAAUUUCUGACAAAAUUUAUCAACCUGAAGAAAUCUUGGAUAUGUUUCAUAAAUUUUACGAACAUGAAAGCAUUAAUUGCUUACUAUUUUUAAAAUAUAUUGAACGUAUUUCUUUUUACGAAUUAAAAAAGGGCGCCUCUGAACUUGAAUUGCUAUAUACCAUUCAACUGGAAAAUGCUGACAAGAUUCGAAAACAACGUUGUCUGAUUGCGGAGAAGAUUGGACCAAUGAUGGACGAAUUAAGAUUGGGUAAACUUAAAAGCAAAAAUCAAUUAGUUGCAUCUUACGUUGCAUCAUUCUGCCGUCAAAAAAAAACUGAUCCUAAAAAGCAUAGUUCAUGGUUAAUUUUGAAUUACCUUGAUGAUUUACUCGAAACGGAAGGAUAUUUUCAGGAAAACUUUAAAAAAAAUAUAAGGGAUCACAAGUUUAUCCCUAACGUUGGCUUAGCCAUUCCUUUUAACGAUUUAAAAGAUGAGGGAAAAUUAUUUUGCUUUUUACCCCUUCCCAUCCCUAUGCCUUUUCCUGUUUCCGUGCAUGGAUAUUUCGCGGUUAAUACUAGUCGACGUUCUUUAUGGUCGGUUGCGGAGAAUGAAGAUUUGGCGGUUGGUGCAUUAGCAAGCACGAAAGUGUCAUGGAAUCAAUAUUUAUUUGAAAAGGUAUUACCCAAAGCUUGGGUAAAAUUUCUUUGCGAGAUUUUUCUUAACGUUCCUAAUAUUCAGUCUGAAGAUAUAUCUAAAUUCUGGCCAAUAAUUAAAAGAGGCACAUCAAGUGUCACGUAUACUUUUUGCAAGGAUCUAUUGCAAAAUGUCAUAGAAAAUCUUGGUGUUGAUGAUCAUGUGUUCAAAGGACCUCCUUCCAUUGGAACAUUACCUGAAGUUUUAGCAAAUUCAUAUGAUGCUUCCUCAUUCAAAGGAUCCCAAUUUUAUUGGUUAUCAAUUUCUAAUGGAUAUUUGGAAGAUGAGAAAUCAUAUAAUUCUUUGACUGAAAUAAUUAGAAAUAUUGGAUUCCCUGUUAUGUCAGCAUCUCCUCUCAUAAUUGAAGCCUUGAAAAAUUCUAAGCAUAAAUACUCGCUUAAAUUUUUUUCUCCCACCAUUAUUCGUAAUUAUUUAAAACAUAAUCGUGAUAGAUGGCAGGAUAAGUUGUCAAGAAGCGACGUUUUACUAUUAUUUGAGUAUGUAUUAAAGGACAAAAAUUUUGAAGAUUUGGAAGGUUUUAAAAUGAUUCCGCUCGCGGAUGGUACGUUUGGUACUUUGCAAUUCGACGAUUCUUGUGUAUAUAUUGUUCCCAAUAGAGACCAUGAGGAUGAUGAACUUAACCUUUUCGAAAAUCAAUUGAACAAAUUUAUUGAUAAAUCGAUUGGUUACGAAUUGUAUAUGAGUUUGUACAGGUAUGCAGAGGCUGGAUGGAAACUCAAUAUUAAGGUCUUGGAUGAAAAUGUCGUUGCCAAUAUGAUUAAAACAUCGUUGAAUUUUGCGGAAAAUGCAAAUUCUGAAGAGAUACCAAUGUCAAAUCAUCGUGAAUGGAUUUAUAAAUUAUGGAAUAACCUGAGAAAUAGAAAUUGGGAUUUGAGAAGAUUUGAGAACGUUCAUUUGAUUCCAACAAGUCGCUCUUUUCUCAGAAAGUUAUGUACUCCUAAAAAGAUUUUUUCCGCUCGAACGACUUUAACUUUUAAUUUUGAAAAGUUUGGUACCGUUUUCAUUGAAGAUGAAUUUGAAGAAAUUGCCGAAUGGAAUAAGUUAUCUCCAUAUAUUAUGAAGCCUAACAAUAUUAUAUCGGUUCUAAAUUCUCUCAAAGUCGAUAAUUCAUUUCCAGAAAAUGUAAAUCACACGUUACACGUUGACGAUGUAUCGGCGCUCGUUGAAUAUUUAUCAAAUAAUUUACGAUUUGUUAAUAAGAAGGACCUGGUGCAGAAUCUUGUUAAAGUUAUUAAGCAUCUUCCGAUUUUUACCAAAGUUGAUCAUACUUCACCAGUUCCGUUGUCGCCUGGAAAUACCAAUUGGUAUCUUCUUCCUCGUAACGAAGAAAAUUCAUAUGGUAAAAUUAUCUGUCCAAGCAAUAAAGGAGAAUUUCUUAGUACAAGUUCACAAAAUUUACGUUAUAUACUGGAAGAUAUUAUUAAGAUUCCACGAUUAACUUCACAGAUUUAUUGGCAAAAAUAUGUAAUACCGUAUCUCGGGUCACAACCGCGAGAAGUCUUAGACACAGUAAUCGAUAUUCUUUUUGAUAUGUUACCAUCCUUACAUGAUGAUGCAAAUUUAAAAGUUGCUCUUAUAAAAACUUCUUUUGUACCUGUUGGUACACGUCAAAUGUCGCAGCAUCAACAAUUGCCUGCUAUAAUAGAGUUAGAAAAACCAACAGGAUUAUUUGAUCCAGAAGUAAAGGCUGUGGCUUGUCUGUUUUUUGAAGACGAACGAGUCUUUCCUGCUGGCAAAUAUUCGUCUUCUAAAAAGUUCCUAACGGGUUUGAGAUUAUUAGGAUUGAAAACAUCCCUUUCUUCAAAUGAUGUGAUUAAUCGAAUUGAUGCUAUUGUGGAACGAAAAAAGUCUAACGUUCAAGAUGAUUUAAUUUAUUACAAUGCACUUAGACUUUUCGAAUAUAUUGACAAUAAUUGGGAUCAGUUAAAUAACUCAUUAUUGAAUACAAUUUUAAAACAAGAAUGGAUCCCUACGGUUGAUAAAUCCGGAAAGAAAUUCUUCUCGAAACCUCAGGAUUGUUAUUGUCAAAAGGAUAAAGAUUUAGUUUGUCUAUUUGCUCCAAUACUUGAAUAUGAGGUUAAGAACAACAAAUUUUUAAAAGAUUUGAAAUGGAAUACAUAUCCCGAUUUUGAAAAAGUUAUAAAACAGUAUGAAUUAUGUUACGAUGGGGUAUCUAAAAUGCAACCACCAAAGAAUUUGGAAAAGAUUUGUUACGCGAUUUACAAAUAUAUGAAUGAAAUUUGUCCAGCAAAUAAUAAGAAUUCAAAGGAAGAUUUCAAUAAGAUGAAGACGUUUUUGGAAAACAAACCGUGGAUUUUGUAUAGGAAGACAUUUUAUUCGGUUGAUCAAGUUGUAUUUCGUCUUCAAAAAGAAUUUCAAGUUGAAAAUUUCUUAAUCGUUGAACUUCCAAUAGGAUAUACAAGUGAAUUCAUGACUUUAUUUAAAACUAUGGGAGUUCGAGAAGAG